AUGGAUUUGUUCUACCAUCUUUUCAGACAAGAGGCUUGGGAGGACAGCAAGAGCUCUCUCGCUAUUCCAGGUUUUGGUCGGAAGGAUGUAGUUGAAUAUUUACUUCAGAGUGGUGCCAAUGUCCAUGCUCGAGACGACGGAGGCCUUAUUCCUCUUCACAACGCUUGCUCUUUCGGUCACGCCGAAGUUGUCAAUCUUCUCUUGAGGCAUGGCGCAGAUCCUAAUGCUCGGGAUAAUUGGAAUUACACUCCUCUUCAUGAAGCUGCCAUUAAGGGCAAGACAGAUGUCUGCAUUGUAUUGCUGCAGCAUGGUGCUGAACCAACCAUCCGUAACACAGAUGGGAGAACAGCUUUGGAUUUAGCAGAUCCGUCUGCAAAAGCAGUGCUGACUGGUGAAUACAAGAAAGAUGAACUCUUAGAAAGUGCCAGGAGUGGAAAUGAAGAAAAGAUGAUGUCUCUUCUCACACCAUUAAAUGUUAACUGCCAUGCAAGCGAUGGCAGAAAGUCGACUCCUUUGCAUUUAGCAGCUGGAUAUAAUCGUGUUAAAAUAGUGCAGCUGUUACUACAGCAUGGAGCUGAUGUGCAUGCUAAGGAUAAAGGAGAUUUGAGACCACUUCACAAUGCCUGCUCCUAUGGUCAUUAUGAAGUAACAGAACUUCUAGUAAAGCAUGGAGCAUGUGUGAAUGCAAUGGAUCUGUGGCAAUUCACCCCUCUGCAUGAAGCAGCUUCUAAGAACAGGGUGGAAGUGUGUUCUCUUUUGUUAAGUUAUGGUGCUGACCCAACACUCUUGAACUGUCACAACAAAAGCACCAUUGACUUGGCUCCAACGCCCCAAUUAAAAGAAAGAUUAGCAUAUGAAUUCAAAGGUCAUUCACUGCUACAGGCUGCAAGAGAAUCAGAUGUAGCUCGCAUAAAGAAACAUCUUUCUUUGGAGACAGUGAACUUCAAGCAUCCCCAGACACAUGAAACAGCGUUGCACUGUGCUGCUGCAUCCCCAUAUCCAAAGAGAAAACAAGUGUGUGAAUUGCUGCUGAGAAAAGGAGCCAACAUCAAUGAAAAGACAAAAGACUUCUUGACUCCUCUGCAUGUAGCAUCAGAAAAAGCUCAUAAUGAUGUUGUUGAAGUAGUUGUGAAACAUGAAGCUAAGGUUAAUGCAUUGGAUAAUCUCGGUCAGACCUCUCUUCAUAGAGCUGCACAUUGUGGUCAUCUUCAGACGUGCAGAUUGCUACUGAGUUCUGGAUGUGAUCCUUCCAUUGUGUCCCUGCAGGGCUUUACAGCCUCCCAAAUGGGAACAGAAAGUGUGCAACAGCUAUUGCAAGAGGGUAUCCCACUAGGUAAUUCAGAUGCAGAUCGCCAGUUGCUGGAGGCUGCAAAGGCUGGAGAUGUGGAUACUGUAAAAAAACUAUGCACAGUUCAAAGCGUGAACUGCAGAGAUAUUGAAGGACGUCAGUCCACACCACUUCAUUUUGCAGCUGGCUAUAAUAGGGUAUCAGUUGUUGAAUAUCUUCUACAACAUGGAGCUGAUGUACAUGCAAAAGAUAAGGGAGGACUUGUCCCUUUACAUAAUGCUUGCUCUUAUGGUCACUAUGAAGUUGCAGAACUUCUCGUUAAACAUGGAGCAGUUGUAAAUGUAGCUGAUUUGUGGAAAUUCACCCCCUUACAUGAAGCUGCAGCAAAAGGAAAAUAUGAGAUAUGCAAACUCCUAUUACAGCAUGGAGCUGACCCCACAAAGAAAAACAGAGAUGGAAAUACUCCUUUAGACCUUGUUAAAGAUGGCGAUACUGAUAUUCAAGACCUACUUAGAGGAGACGCAGCUCUACUAGAUGCUGCUAAGAAAGGUUGUUUGGCCCGAGUAAAAAAGCUGUGUUCACCUGACAAUGUCAAUUGUCGGGACACACAAGGACGACACUCAACACCGCUACACUUAGCAGCUGGUUACAACAAUUUGGAGGUUGCUGAGUACCUUCUACAGCAUGGCGCAGAUGUGAAUGCACAGGAUAAAGGAGGUUUGAUUCCCCUGCAUAAUGCUGCAUCUUAUGGGCAUGUGGAUGUGGCAGCUUUACUCAUAAAGUAUAACGCGUGCGUGAAUGCUACGGACAAAUGGGCUUUCACACCUUUACAUGAAGCAGCCCAGAAAGGACGAACACAACUUUGUGCCUUGUUACUGGCACAUGGGGCUGAUCCCACUCUGAAAAACCAGGAAGGACAAACACCAUUAGACCUCGUCACUGCAGAUGAUGUCAGCGCGUUAUUGACAGCAGCAAUGCCUCCUUCUGCACUACCAUCGUGCUACAAACCUCAGGUUAUAAAUGUGUCACAGACUACAGGAUCUGCAGCUGAUUCCCUCUCUUCUGUUCCAUCCAGUCCAUCCAGUCUGUCUGCUGCAAGCAGCCUUGACAACUUGUCUGGUAGUUUUUCUGAACUUCCUUCUGUCGUUGGUACAAAUGGUGCAGAGGGAGCUGCAGUUUUAGAGAAGAAAGAAGUUUCAGGUAUAGAUUUUAGCAUAAAUCAGUUUGUGCGGAACCUUGGCCUUGAACAUCUAAUUGACAUAUUUGAGAGAGAACAGAUAACGCUGGAUGUUUUGGUUGAAAUGGGACACAAAGAAUUGAAGGAAAUUGGAAUUAAUGCCUAUGGCCAUCGGCAUAAAAUAAUUAAAGGAGUUGAAAGACUGAUUUCUGGGCAGCAAGGACUUAACCCAUACCUGACUCUGAAUACUUCUGGCAGUGGAACUAUACUCAUAGAUCUUUCCUCUGAAGAUAAGGAAUUUCAGUCAGUGGAAGAGGAGAUGCAGAGCACCGUCCGAGAGCACAGAGACGGGGGACAUGCUGGGGGAGUCUUCAACAGAUACAACAUUUUAAAGAUUCAGAAAGUAUGCAACAAAAAACUCUGGGAAAGAUACACUCACAGGAGGAAAGAGGUCUCUGAAGAGAAUCAUAACCAUGCUAAUGAAAGGAUGCUGUUUCAUGGCUCCCCCUUUGUGAAUGCGAUUAUUCACAAAGGCUUUGAUGAAAGACAUGCCUACAUAGGUGGCAUGUUUGGAGCUGGGAUUUAUUUUGCAGAAAAUUCCUCCAAAAGCAAUCAGUAUGUAUAUGGAAUUGGAGGUGGCACUGGAUGUCCGAUUCACAAAGAUAGAUCUUGUUAUGUUUGCCACAGGCAAUUGCUAUUUUGUCGUGUAACCCUGGGCAAGUCUUUCCUGCAGUUCAGUGCUAUGAAAAUGGCUCAUUCUCCCCCAGGACAUCACUCCGUUACUGGGCGACCCAGUGUAAAUGGACUGGCAUUGGCAGAAUAUGUCAUUUAUAGAGGGGAGCAGGCUUAUCCAGAAUACUUGAUUACUUAUCAGAUUAUGAAACCUGAAGCCACCACUGAAGCUUAAGACAAAAUACUUAUG